AUGAGUCGAGAAGGUAGCUCGAAAGAACUAUCGGCCACCACUCACGGCUCGGAUGUGCUCACAGAUGGACUGAAACGACGUGGUGGGACAAACAACAGAGCCGUCGCAUUCAAGGUCUCCCACGUUCUUGUCUCAAUCUUUUUUGGCUGGCUAUUAAGUAGCUUCGUACAUGCUACCGGUCUUUUCCUCUUCACGAAAGGUUUCCUAUUGACACGACUUGUCCUCGAUAACCGUUCGUCCUGCGAAGUACUACCCAAUGGUCUACCGUCUCGAGAUAUCUCCGAAGGGUGCUGGCACCCGAGAACUUUCAAAAGAGCUGUUGUAAUUAUAGUUGAUGCUUUACGCUACGAUUUUACUGUACCAUUCCUUCCCAUUGAGCACCACACAGCCUCGAAAUACUACCACGACAAUCUGCCAUUUCUGUACGCUACUGCUCUCCAAAACCCCGAAAAAGCCUUUCUCCUUCCCUUUAUUGCAGAUCCUCCCACGAGUACUCUUCAGCGAUUAGGAGGCCUCACAGCUGGUAAUCUGCCUACAUUCAUCGAUAUUGGCUCCAAUUUCGCUGGUCAAGCCACUGAAGAAGACAAUCUGCUUGUGCAGCUCAAAGAUCAAGGCAAAAAGAUAGUUCACUUAGGUGACGACACGUGGCACGCACUAUUCCCGGGAUACUUUGAUUCAAAUCUUACCCACGCUUACGACUCGUUUAAUGUUUGGGACCUACAUACAGUUGACAAUGGAGUUAUCGAGCACAUCUUUCCUCUACUUGAGAACCAGAAAUCUUUGGGAUGGGAUAUUGUUUUUGGACAUUUUCUAGGAGUAGAUCAUGCUGGCCAUCGAUAUGGUCCUGAUCACCCUGCAAUGGGCGAGAAGUUACGUCAGAUGGACAAUGUGCUUCAGCGCAUAGCCCAAAGUAUAGACGACGAAACAGUGCUGGUCGUUAUGGGAGAUCACGGCAUGGACCCUAAGGGUGAUCAUGGUGGAGAGUCUGACGAAGAAGUUGAGGCUGCGCUAUGGGUCUACUCGAACAGGCCUCGCUUUGGUCGACUGCUGAAAGAUCAUGUUCAGCCGCCGUCAAAUGCAAAAGUUCGACCUGUAGAACAAAUUGAUUUUGUGUCUACACUUUCUCUCCUACUAGGACUACCUGUGCCUUUCAACAACCUUGGCUCGCCCAUUCCAGAAGCGUUUUUACGGCAUACGCCAGCAACAGGGCAAGAUCAGGAGAAUUUAGCCAAGGUCAAUUCUUUAGUCUUCCAACAGAUGCAACGAUAUCAAUCCAGAUAUGCUGAAUCACGGGAAUUCUCCGAAAGCUCUUCAACCAAGUCUCUACGUGAUCAAUUUAUGUCGAUCACGUCUUUCGACGCGCGCCUCAAUGAAGUCUUCUCGCAGUGGCACUCUCAAACAGUUGCUAUGUACCGACAAUUGUGGGCGAAUUUUGACCUUCAAGACAUGGCUGUUGGGCUUGGUGUGCUCGUACUCGGCUUGGUGGUUCUUCUGCUUUCUUCUGGAGCGUCACCAAGAAACAACGAAGAUCAAUUGCUUAGGACACUAAAAGGUAUAGCUGUUGGUUCAUUCGCUGGGUCUGUGUUGGCCAUACCUGGACUGAUCAGUGAUUUCACUCUGGCACAGGCCACCUCAGUCGCAGGGCCGCUAUGUCUUGCAACUGUAGGAAGCGUGUUGGGCGCUCUUAUCGCCAUAUUUUCAGCUGUCCCGAGUCUUGGAUUCCCGUCACGAACAUCGAUAUGGACGUGGCUGGGCCUUCUCUUUACCUUGUCUCAAGCGGCCGGGUUUGCUUCCAAUUCUUACACAAUACACGAGGAUACUAUCUUGACCUUCUUGCUCGGCACGUUUGGCGCGAUCACCUUGCUCUCAUCGCUACGCCAGACAGUUGAGUCCGAUAGAGUCCUUGGAACAUAUCACUCGGUCCUAUUUCUGAUUCUGACGAGAGCUGCCUCGUACUCUCGCUUGUGCCGAGAAGAGCAAAUGCCAGGCUGCCGUUCUACCUUCUACGCUUCUCAAACAUCGUCCACAUCAGCAACAUGGCAGCUUUUGAUCCCAUGUCUAUCAGCGAUUGUGCUUCCUGAGAUUGUAAAAGCUUUCUACAAAGGCACAGCUUCCUAUGUCGGCACAGCGAACUUCUGGAUUGGCUUUUGCUUCCGUACUGGUCUAUCACUAGUCGCAAUGUAUUGGACGGUCGACUCAGCAGACAACGGAGAAUGGUUUGCUGAACAAUUUUCAUCCUCAACCCUGAAGACGAUCAGUAUUACCAUUGCUCGUUGUGUAUUCGCUAUAGCUGUUCCUAUUGGAUUCAGCACGUUCAUUUGGGCCAAGCCAUGUGUCGACAUUAGUGUUCUCAACCUGCCCUCUUCUUCAGCAGUUGGUGACUCAAAGCCACAUGUCACCAUUCUCGGCUAUGCCAAUGCCUUUGGCAGUCGAUACUUCCUCCUGAUACCUGUUUUUGUGCUCUCCAUCGUUGUGCUUCUGCCUCCCAUGGGUCAAUAUUCAUUGGCACUCUGUGCUUGGCAGAUUCUCUGCUUACUCGAGAUUCUGGACACGAACGGUCUAAUCAUUAACGCUGUUGCCCAACCAUUUAUUGGACCAGUUGUUCUGGCAAUGCUCGGCUCAUAUCAUUUCUUCAAGACUGGUCAUCAAGCUGUGCUCAGCUCAAUACAGUGGAAUGCAGCUUUCGUUCCGCUACGAACUAUACGAUAUCCAUGGUCACCCAUCUUGAUCAUUCUGAACAACUUUGGGCCUCAAAUCAUGUGCGCCGCCGCGGUACCGCUUACUGUGUUAUGGAAGAGACCAAUCUCCAAGGAAGGACUCAGAGGUUUCUGGAGCGAUAUCAUGCGAUCUUGCGUGGCACAUCUGCUGUACUAUGCAACGAUUCAGGUAGCUACGACGAUGUGGGCAGGUCAUCUAAGAAGACAUCUGAUGCUGUAUCGUGUUUUCAUGCCGCGAUUUCUGAUGGCUAGUGGCGUCUUACUGAUAGUCGACUUGGUCUUGAUCAUUUUCGCACUAGGAGGAACUCGUGUCACUGGGUCAAGUGUUGCCGAAAUAUUCGGCUAUUGA